CAGUCCACCCUCCUCGUAACCCUCCAAGCGAAGUUUCACUACUCGUUUUCACGCCAAAAGCGGCUUACCGGUACGCUUUGAUUUUGGUUGGAGAAUUAGGCUUCUUCGUAACCAGACUCUCUGCGAUCCCAUUGUUAUCUUUUGGACUCUUCAUCUCUAUCUCCUUUUAUCAAAGACUGCUAGUUACAUUAGACUUGGGUUUUGUUUCUCUUUGAUUUUGCGUGGCUCACUGGAACGCGCUCUACUAGCAAUGGACUCUACUCUGGUGAUCAAGGUUAAGUAUGGUGAUACACUUAGGCGUUUCAAUGCUUAUGUUAAUGAGAGUGGACAACUUGAUCUUGACAUGAGUGGACUAAGGGCAAAAAUCCUUGGUCUGUUUGAUUUCCCUCUUAGUUCUGAUCUUACUCUGACUUAUGUUGAUGAAGAUGGUGAUGUUGUGACACUUGUUGAUGAUGAUGAUCUGCUUGAUGUGAUGAAACAAAACCUGAAAAUUUUGAGGGUUAAUGUACAGCUCAACAAUGAAAAAUUUAGUAAAUCCUAUGCCAAAUCCAGUGGUAGUUCAACCCCCAUGAGAUCUCCUCGAGUCCAGGAUCCAUUGCCAAACAUCAACCUGAAUGCUGCUGAUGUGCUUAAAUCUUUUCCAGAGCCAUUUCGUGAGUCUCUUUCAAAGAUAUCCCUUGGCUUGACUGACUUGACAUCAAAAGUUGCUGCUCCCAGUCCUGUGAUUUCUGAGGUUCUUGACUGCUUGUUGAAAAUGGCAAAAGCCUCCUUGAAUCCUUCUCAGCAGUCUCAAGUUGGUGCAAGUUCAAGCACCCAAACAGAAGCUACAGAACACCCAAUGGCUUUGGAAGUGCCUACUGAGACAAAUGCUACCAGUGAUGAACCUAGCCGGAAGGUGAGGGUUGCAGAUGUGGUUAGAGGUGUAGGUGUACCUGUCAAACCUGUACCUGCUUCUGUUGAUUUGAAUCUGGAUCCUUGUGAUUCUAAUCCAUCUGGAUGCACAAAUGUUAUCUCUGCCUCAACUCCUCGUGUUGUUGAUGGGAAAGCAACUAAGGAAAAAAAUGAUGGUCAGCCAAGUGAGUGGCCUUCCGGUAUUGGAGCGUCCUCUAGCUCUACUGAUUCAGCAAGGCCUCUUGGUAAUGAAUGUCCAGUUGGUUGGAUGCAUGCAGUAAAUCACUCAUCUAGUAAUUCUUUUAUGCUGCCUCGAAUUAUUUCAUCUAGGAGGAGAAAUGGUCGGAAUGGUGCCAUGGUUGGCAUGUUUCACAGAGGUGUUCAAUGUGAUGGUUGUGGGGUUCAUCCAAUUACUGGACCUCGUUACAAGUCUAAAGUAAGAGAGGAUUAUGAUCUCUGCAGCAUCUGCUUUGCAGAAAUGGGUAAUGAAGCUGAUUACAUCAAGAUGGAUAGGCCAGUGUUUAAUCGACAUCCACGGGCAGUCAAGGGGUUACGUUAUCCUGCACAGAAGCUUGGUCCUCCACUGUUAUCAACUGUCAUAAAACAUUGUGGAAUAAAACCAGGUCCAGUUCAAGCUAAGCUGGACAGUCGCUUUAUUUUGGAUGUAAACGUGUUGGAUGGUACAAUGAUGGCUCCAUCCACUCCUUUUACCAAGAUUUGGCGGCUUCGCAAUAGUGGUAGUGUUGUGUGGCCUAAGGGAACACGUCUUGUGUGGAUUGGGGGAGACAGAUUUAGCCAUGCAGAUUCUGCUGAGUUGGAGAUUCCUGCGGAUGGUGUGCCUGUGGAUGGGGAACUUGACAUUGCAGUUGAUUUUACUUCUCCCAAGUUACCUGGUCGAUAUAUUUCAUAUUGGAGGAUGGUAUCCCCAUCAGGACUAAAAUUUGGGCAACGUGUCUGGGUUCUUAUUCAGGUUGAUGCUUCCAUUAAAGACUCAGUUAGGGAUGGAGUUGAAGGUUUGAACUUGAAUUUGCCCCCUGACUGCAGUGGCUCCAAAUUCCAUCAAAUUAUUGACGUGAAUCUGCAGCCUGCAAUGGAUAGUGGUUUUCAGGGUCCUUGCAAUUCCUCAGUUUCAGUGCCCAUGGUUGACGUUGAGCAGCCUAUGAAGGACCAGGAGAUGAAUUUUCCUAUAAAUGAUAUAUUGUUGGUUGGUGAUGGUGUUUCUACUCCAACUCCUAAUCAGGCCUCCUCUUCUGUGUCAUAUCCUAUAAUAGACUUUUCUGAAGCAGCCCCUGCUGUUCCCUCUGAAGUCUUUCCUGCUAUGGAUAUCCCAACUUCAUCUGAGGACGUCAUUGUAAAAGACGCUGUUGAGAAGUCUCUUCUUAAAGAACUCGAGGAGAUGGGCUUUAAGCAGAUUGAUUUGAAUAAGGAGAUCUUGAGGAUGAAUGAGUACAACUUGGAGCAGUCAGUGGAUGAUCUCUGUGGCGUCUCUGAUUGGGAUCCAAUUCUUGAGGAGUUGCAGGAGAUGGGUUUUCCUGACAAAGAAAUGAACAGGAAGCUGCUGAAGAAGAACAAUGGAAGUAUCAAGCGUGUCGUGAUGGAUCUUCUUACUGGGGAGAAGGCUUAAUGAGAUGCUUCUAAUCCCUGCGUAGAUAGUCUAAUAGAUGUGAAAAAUAAAUUGUAGUGAUAAAUAUAUGUGGAUGUGAAGUGUUAUAGCUUUUUCAUUUGGAAUCUCUAAGAAUUUCUGGGGCUGGCUGAAUAAUUUAAUAUUAUAUGAAGAUUGUGGAUAAAUAUGUUUAGAACUA